GGCGGCGCUCAGUCACUCCCCAAGCAGGCGGAUAGCACGGCGGCGCGCGCGCGCGCUCCCGGUGCCCUCCCCGUGACGUGCCUGGCCGAGGCCGCGCAAGGGCGCUGUAGCUGCCAGUGCCGCUGUCAUGGCGUCCGAGGCGCUGGCUGAAGAGAACCCGCCGCGGUCUCCUUAGAGCGAGGGGCUGGCGGCUGGGCAUGGAGAGCGGCCCCGAGAGCCUGCAGCCACUAGAACACGGGGUGGCCAUCGGGCCAACGCCAGGGACAGGUUCUCCGCAGGAAGGGCCACCGGAGACCAGGCUCGCCGCCGGAGAUGGUCCUGGAGUAUGGGCGGCGGAGAGCAGAGGCGGGAAUGGGCAGGGGGCGGCGGCCGCCGGGAGGAGCCUCUUGGACUCCGUUCCUCCCGCCGGCUCUCCUCAGGUUCCCGGACCCUGCAGCUCCUUUCCGGGCUUGGACUUGAAGGAGAGCGAUUUGGAGAACACUGCUGCCCAGAAGGCGCCUCUGAGAGGGCAACACAAGGUGACCGCCUCGCCGGAGACCGCGGAGGCCGGAGCGGACCAUGGAUCGGGUCCGGCCGGAGACGCCGGCUGCCGCGCGGAUUCCGCCGGCACCUGCCGGGCAGAGUUGGCGGCCGCCGGCUCCGAGGAGCCUAGCAGCGCCGGCGGCCUCAGUAGCAGUUGCAGCGACCCGAGCCCUCCUGGGGAAUCGCCAAGCCUGGACUCCCUGGAGUCGUUCUCUAACCUGCAUUCUUUCCCCAGUAGCUCUGAGUUUAAUAGUGAGGAGGGAGCAGAGAACCGGGUCCCCGGGGAGGAGGAGGAGGGCGAGGGCGCGGCGGUGUUGCCCCCGGCUGUGCCUCUUUGCCGAGAAGAGGAGGAGGAGGAGGAGGGGGAGGAAGCUCAGGUACUGGCGGCCUCCAAGGAACGCUUCCCGGGACAAUCUGUCUAUCACAUCAAGUGGAUCCAGUGGAAGGAAGAGAACACACCCAUCAUCACUCAGAAUGAGAAUGGACCCUGCCCUUUGCUGGCCAUCCUCAAUGUUUUGCUUCUGGCCUGGAAGGUGAAACUUCCACCGAUGAUGGAAAUCAUAACUGCUGAACAGCUGAUGGAAUAUUUAGGAGAUUACAUGCUUGAUGCAAAGCCAAAAGAAAUUUCAGAAAUUCAACGUUUAAACUAUGAGCAGAAUAUGAGUGAUGCUAUGGCAAUCUUGCACAAACUACAGACAGGCUUGGAUGUAAAUGUAAAAUUCACUGGUGUUCGAGUGUUUGAAUAUACACCAGAAUGCAUAGUAUUUGAUCUUCUUGAUAUUCCUUUGUACCAUGGGUGGUUAGUGGACCCACAGAUUGAUGACAUUGUAAAAGCUGUUGGUAACUGCAGCUACAACCAGCUAGUGGAGAAGAUCAUCUCUUGUAAGCAGUCAGACAAUAGUGAGCUGGUUAGUGAAGGCUUUGUAGCUGAGCAGUUUCUAAAUAACACAGCCACUCAACUGACAUACCAUGGAUUAUGUGAACUAACUUCAACGGUUCAGGAAGGAGAACUUUGUGUGUUCUUUCGGAAUAAUCAUUUUAGCACCAUGACCAAAUACAAGGGUCUACUGUAUUUGCUGGUAACAGACCAGGGGUUUCUUACGGAAGAAAAAGUUGUUUGGGAAAGCCUACACAAUGUGGAUGGUGAUGGAAAUUUCUGUGACUCAGAAUUUCAUCUACGGCCUCCUUCAGAUCCUGAAACCGUAUACAGAGGACAACAGGAUCAGAUAGAUCAGGACUAUCUUAUGGCAUUAUCUCUACAACAAGAACAGCAGAGCCAAGAGAUCAACUGGGAACAAAUACCCGAAGGAAUCAGUGAUUUGGAACUAGCAAAGAAACUCCAAGAAGAGGAGGAUAGACGGGCUUCUCAAUAUUAUCAGGAACAGGAACAAGCAGCAGCAGCUGCUGCUUCUGCUUCUCCACAGGCCCAGCAAAGCCAGCCAGCACAAGCCUCUCCAUCAAGUGGAAGACAAUCUGCGAAUAGUGAACGUAAACGAAAGGAACCUCGAGAAAAAGAUAAAGAAAAAGAAAAGGACAAAAAUAGCUGUGUCAUUUUGUAACAAGUGGUGGGUUCUGUUGGAUGCGUCUGUAUGUCUUGAGAAACAAAACCACAGGAGAAAAGGAAGAAAAACCGAUAAAUACCGUCUGUGCCUGAUUUCCCAAUGGAUUUUGUUCAUGUUUUUCAGGGGAAAGGUUGUUACUUAGUUACAAUCAGACUUUUUCAAGUCACACAGUACACUCUUUGUGAGCUGGAGUUUCGCGUUACAAGUUGGAAAUGCUGUGUGGUAUCAUACAUGAAAAAUACUGCACUUGUAGCCAAAUAAGCAAAUCACAGCAAAUUUUGUGUCAUAGUGACAUUCAUAACUCAUAUCAGUUAGUAAGCUAUUUUAUCUUUUGUUCUAACAAUGAAUGGAGGUAACUGAUUUUGUCUGAUUCCUUCCUGAAAUCUAAAUAUUAGCACAAUAGUUUCUGAAAUUAAUUUUUACAAUGUUAAAUUAUUAUCUAAUCCAAGAGAAACCAGGGGGUUAAUAUAGGGAUAUAAAAGGAAAACACACACACACACACACACACACACACACAAAACACAAGAAACAAACCAAGACAAAAAAUAACAAAUAAAUAACCUUUAAUCCUGUAUUGGACUAGUUCAGCCCUUGAACAGCUUUACCUUUCUUUAGGAAUGUACAUUUUAGAUACUAUCUUGAGAACUGAUAAUGGAGCUUGGGUUUAAUUUAGAUAGAAAAAAUAAGUUGUAUUUCUUUUCCAAUAGCAAAAAAAUUACAUAACACUAAUACUCAUAUUCUGUAAAAUCAGAUAUUAAUGACUUUGUAGUGUUGUGAAAUUUUGAGGAAUUUUGAAAUCUUUAAUAUACGUAACUUGUACUACAGUUACUAUUUAUUGAAAGUGCGAUAACUGAUAAGAAGGAAACCACAGUGGAUGCUAGGCCUUGUAAAUACAGGAAUAUAGAAAAGCAGAUAGUUCAAAUGUCUACCUUUUUCUAGAAUUACCUUGAACCUUAAAAUUUAAAUCAUGUUUAUUUGCUAGAAAAUUAUGUAUACUUAGUAAAGCCAACAAAAAAGCACAUUUCUGAAAGGAAGUUAGAGAUAUAAUCUCUGAGUCUAGUGAAACGCAUUAAUAAAAAUCUGUUUGAAAAUAGAUAAGAAUUGGGAGGAAUUUAUGUAAAAGCAAUCAGACUUUUUUAACUUAUGGGAACCAAAUAGACCUAUAACAUCUUGUAGUGUUUAUAGGAUUCAGAAAGAAUAUUUAUUGAACUUUAUUAUAAGGCAACACAUAUUUUCCUGUAUUUCUACUAUCCUUAAUAGUCCUUUUUAUAUAUGCUUUAUAUUUAAAAGUUUGAUUUAGUCAUUUUUGAAAAGACUAUUGCUGCUGCAGGUAGUUAUGUGAUUUUCAUUCUAAGCCUCAGUAAAUUUGUUUAGGAGCAUCUUUAUCUAACCUGAGCAUCCACUUGGAGAAUGUUUUUUGUGGUCUGGGGUGACAGUAGACUACAAAAAAAAAAAAUGUGGUGUAGAGUUCUUAAGCUAUGUCUUUAACAUUCUCCAUGAUCCAAGACUAUUUAUAGAAUGAGUCUCUAUGUAAAAAUAAAAAGUAAAGUCUUAUUUAUGGAAGGAAUUAUUCUAAGGGAAAAAUCCAGGGUCAAGCUGUAUCUUUUAUGUCAUGUCCUUCUGUAUUGCAUGUCUGGUUAUGUUAUACCAUUUGUUACUCCUUCAGAUUUCCUAUACUAGCAUGAUAAAUCAUCAGAGAACCUGUUUGGGGUAUAACACUUUGAUACAAAAUAUCUGGUGAGUCUCUAGUUAAUAACCUAGAAUAUGUGUACAUUGGUGAAAUAAUCAAAUUACUACAGAAUUCUCUGUUGGCUCAAGCAAGUUGACCUUAGUUCAAGUUUACUCUUGAUAUCACUCUAUUGGUUGGAGAAGGAAAAUGAAACCUUAGGGUUUGUUUUUCCUAGAAGAGAUAGCAGUGACAGUGCAUUAUAUUUUAAUAAGAAAAACAAAACAGUAAAUCCUGAGAAAUUUUAAAAAGCAUAUUUGAGGCGUACUUUUCCAUAAUUAUAUACUUAUCUAUUUAUUACCCUUGAAAAAUAUAUGUGUAAAAGUUAUUCUUCUGUUAUUUGUUACUAUCUUCUUAAUUUGUUCCAAAGAUAAUACUGCCAUUCUGCAUUCCCUCUGGAAGGAAAAAAAAACAAAAAACAACAAAAAAAAAACCCUCAAAACCAGCAGUGCUGCUAUCAGAUAAGUAGAUGUCAAUGUAUACUUAUAAAAAAUAACUAAAAAAUGUAAUGUGUUUGUUAAUUCAACCUUUUUUCUACAUAAUGUUUCCAACUCAGACUUUCUUACAUUCCUGGAAUUCAGUUUGAUAUACCAAGAGUAAUACUGAUAAAAUGUUUGCUUUGAUUACUGUGAGGAAAAAAUUAAAUGUUCAAUUCUAUUAAAACAAACUUCUUGGGAGAUACUGGUUUCCCAACCUUGAAGGUUAGAGCUAUUGUGUCUUUAUAUUCUUAAAUUUUGCUCAAGGCAACAAAUUACAUAUUCAGACAUUUCAUUGCUGGUUUGGGGAUAUUGGAAUUUGAUAGUGGUGUAUUACAGGCUUUCCUUCACAAUAUUUUGUAGUACUUGAAAACUGUUACAUGAACUGCUAGCAGAAGUUAGAACUUAAACAUUUUUGUUUUUAAUAUUUGUAGGCUAGAUUAGGGACACAUUUAUAUCAACCGAUCACUAUUACAGCUAGCAAAAGAGACAUGAAUGAAUGGAUAUGGUCACUGCACUUUCUUGUACUUUCAAAGGCUAUUUCAUAAGUUUAGUGACCAGUCUUUGUUAGCAAUAUGAAAAGUGUCCUCAUGUGUAACCCCAGUGAAUCAACAAUGCUGUGAUUUACAAUAGGUUAUCAACACUUAGAAGUACGUGAGAGAGAGAGAGUGAGAGAGAAUGUGUGUGUGUGUGUGUGUGUGUGUGUGCGCGCGCGCAUGUGAGUGUGUGUGUUUGAAGCAAGGAUCCAUGACUUCUAUUGUCAAAGGAAUCUGGGAACCUUCCCUCAAAUUUUACCAUUUAAGAAUACACACACACAUAAAUAACCUAAGCCGUUUGGGGCAGCUAAAAUUGGCAUUAGCUGUUUCUUAGAAUAUGCUGGUCCAGUGUGCUUAGGUGAAGUAACUUCUUCCAUGUUUCAGGGUAUCUGUUGGCUUAACAGUUGAGUGAGGCAUAGACUAGAGUUCAGGAUUAAGUUGUAUAAUAUAUUUUGUUUUAGUCUCUCAUAUUUCUAGUAUUUGACUACUUAUCCCAUAUUAUGUUUCAAAUUCUUCCUCAUACUUCUUGAUCUUAGCUUAAUUAAGCAAGUUAGUAUUAGAGAUUAAUUGACUGAAUCCAACAUUAACCAUUUUGUACUUGCACAAAACCUUAACACUUUGUUUUUACUGAAUCACCAGCUCAGGUCAUUAAGAGAGAUCUUGAGAGAAAAGAGGACUAGAAGGCAAAUAGAUAUCUAAGGAAAGAAUUGUAGUCCUCAUAUUAAUGUUGGCAUAUGAAGCUGAUAUUUAUAAAGUCCUGCUGGAGAAAUACAUUCAAGGCAAAAAUUUCCAGAACUGUCCUCAAACUCAUUUAUUUAAAAAAAAAUUGCUUUAAAGCAAAAUGAUUACAUUUCACUUAAUUUCCUAUUAAAUAUUCCAGUUAUUUUAAAAUACGAUAGAAAACGUACAGGCUUUGCCUGUCGUACAAUAUUUGGGCAUACAACUUAAACUGUAAUUGUAAACUUACUAAUGUUUGAUAAAAUACAUGGAGGCACUAAAGAUAGUACGUAAUUUGUAUUUUAAGGAACUAGAAAUAGGAAUUCUGAACUGUUUUAUGUCUAAAAAUCUGGCUUUUAUCUUUCCAUGGACAAACUUUCUAUGCCUCAGUUUACUCUAAAUAUGCAAAGGAUGUUCAUUUUUUCAGAGCGUUAACACUCCUGAGUAAAGGACAAAGUAUAAGCUCAGAGUAUUACUUAAAUAAUCAUAUAUAUAGUUUUUGUUCUUGAGUGUGCAGAUCUUUUCCCCAAUCACAAUAUUUCUUAAAGUCAGUUUUUUUAAUGCUGUUAAAUUUGUAAAAUUACCUUGUCUUUGAGUAUGGCAUUAUCUCUUCCUGAAAUGUAUUUUGCAGUUGCUUUUGGACUAUACGAUCAAAAUCAAGAGAAUUUGGGGAGUAUAAAAAGCAUUAAAAGUCUAUUUUUUCCAGUCUCUUUCAUAUA